UUUUCAUUGCGACAUGCGGUAGAGAGUAGAGUUUAGCAAACAAACAGGGUUUUAAGUUCAAUGGAAACGCUGCUACCUAGAGUUGGCCUCCCUCUCUGCACUCCAACAAUUAACCGUUUUACAAAACCUAAUAAGCUCCGUUCCUCCUCUUCCGUCGCCGGCCGCGGUGGAGGUUCUCUCUCCGUCACCUGCGCCACCAGCAGAUGGGCGGAGCGCCUCAUUGCCGAUUUCCAAUUCCUCGGAGACGGCUCAUCGGGUGCCACCGCCACUCUGAGCCCCUCCUCCGUCCCUCCGCGACUGGACCCUCCCGAGCGCUAUGUCUCCAUCCCGCUCGACCUGUACCGUGUACUCGGCGCGGAGUCGCAUUUUCUGGGCGACGGCAUUCGCAGAGCCUACGAAGCGAAAUUCUCGAAGCCUCCUCAGUAUGCAUUCAGCAACGACGCGUUAAUUAGCCGCCGUCAAAUUCUCCAAGCCGCGUGCGAAACCCUAGCGGAUCCUGCUUCCAGAAGAGAGUACAAUCAAGGCCUCGUCGACAAUGAAGACGCCGCUAUUCUCACUCAAAUCCCUUUCGACAAAAUUCCUGGAGCGUUGUGCGUGUUGCAGGAAGCUGGAGAGCCCGAGCUUGUGCUUGAGAUUGGGCAGGGUUUGCUUAGGGAGAGGUUGCCGAAGACGUUCAAGCAGGAUGUUGUGUUGGCUAUGGCGCUCGCUUUUGUUGACUUCUCAAGGGAUGCCAUGGCUCUGCCUCAACCAGAUUUCGUUGCAGCUUGUGAGAUGCUUGAGAGGGCAUUGAAGCUUUUGCAGGAAGAAGGGGCAACCAGCCUAGCACCCGAUUUGCAAGCUCAAAUAGAUGAGACGCUAGAAGAGAUAACCCCACAUUGUGUUUUGGAACUUUUAGCCUUGCCACUUGAUGACGAACAUCGAACGCGGAGAGAGGAAGGUCUUCUUGGUGUUCGUAACAUUUUGUGGGCAGUUGGAGGAGGGGGUGCAGCUGCCAUUGCUGGGGGUUAUACCCGUGAAUACUUCAUGAAUGAGGCAUUCUUACACAUGACAGCAUCCGAACAGGUUGAACUUUUUGUUGCCACACCAAGUAAUAUUCCAGCUGAGAGUUUUGAAGCUUACGGAGUGGCACUUGCUCUUGUUGCACAAGCCUUUGUGACUAAAAAGCCGCAUCUUAUCCAAGAUGCUGAUAAUUUGUUCCAACAACUUCAACAGACUAAGGUUACAGCUUUGAGGAAUGCUCCCUCUGUUUAUACUCCCAGUGAGAAGAGAGAGAUUGAUUUUGCUUUAGAAAGGGGCCUUUGUGCACUGCUUGUUGGGGAGCUCGAUGAAUGUCGGUCAUGGUUGGGACUAGAUACCGAUAGGUCUCCUUAUAGAAACCCGUCUAUUAUAGAAUUUAUUAUGGAAAAUGCAAAAGGGGAUGAAGACAGUGAUCUUCCUGGACUUUGUAAAUUGUUGGAAACAUGGCUGAUGGAGGUGGUUUUUCCUAGGUUUAGAGAUACAAAAGAAACAAGUUUCAAGCUUGGAGAUUAUUAUGAUGACCCUACAGUGCUUAGAUAUCUUGAAAGGUUGGAGGGUAUUGGCCAUUCACCCUUAGCUGCUGCUGCAGCCAUAGUUAAGAUCGGAGCUGAGGCUACUGCUGUCAUUACCCAGGUUCAGGCUAGUGUAAUAAAUGCUUUGAAAAAAGUGUUUCCUGUUGGUUCUGAAGAUCAAAUUGUGAAACAUCUAGAAAACAGUGAGAAAGAUAAUUUUAGCUUUUCCGAAAGUGAGAAUCCUCUGAUAUUAUCAGAAGAGGAUUCUUCUGUCAGUGUUGAUGAUUCUGGAAUAAAAAAUACUGCUGUGGCAAGUGAAGGUGAAUUUAUUACCGAUGAAAUUAAAAAUGCAAGUGUGCAGAUCAUGUGUGCUGGUGUUGUAAUAGGACUUGUAACUUUGGCUGGUCUAAAGUUUUUACCUGCUAGGAAUGGCUCGCCCGUGCUUAAUAAAAUGUCGGGUUCAGCAAUGUCAUCGGAUACUGUCAACUUAGAUUCAUUGGGAGAUGAAGAAAAAGGAGUUCAACUACCAAAAAUGGAUGCAAGGGCUGCAGAAGCUCUAGUUCGCAAGUGGCAAAGUAUAAAAUCCGAAGCAUUUGGACCUGACCAUUGCCUAGAAAGAUUGCAUGAGGUUUUGGACGGCGAGAUGUUGAAGGUAUGGACUGAUCGUGCAGCUGAGAUUGCAGAGCGUGGGUGGUCCUAUGACUACAUGUUGGAGGGCCUCAACAUCGAUAGUGUGACCAUAUCACAGAAUGGGCAGCGUGCAGUGGUGGAAACAACUCUCACAGAGUCUACUCACCUAAAUGCCGUAGGCCAUCCACAACAUGAUGCUUCUAACAGCAGAACCUACACAACAAGAUAUGAGAUGUCUUUUUCAGGUCCAGGAUGGAAAAUUGUUGAAGGAUCCGUCCUUGAGUCGUAAGUAUAUUAUUGUUUUAUAACUCUUAUGUAUAUCUAUUAACACUUCAAUUUCAAUCGAUCACCCUUUUUACGUGCGCA